AUGUUAUCCUCGAGGCCGGAAGUUGGGAAUACGUCCGACUCCGUUCGAGCAGUAGGUGUUUCCACGGAAACCAAGCUUUCUACUUCGCCGCCCCAACCGUCCCUCCCACUCCAACAUACUCGAUCUCUUUCCUCGGCCGACUCCAAGUCACACAAGCCCCUCCCGAAGCCGCCCAGGCCUGUGUCCAAGUCCGUGUCCACUGGCACCCUCCAUACAAUGGCUGCUGUGUCGAGUGCGCCCGGAAUACCAAUUCCUAGAGUCCAUACGCCCUAUAGCGAUGAAGAGGGCAACAUGAGUACGCUACCAGACCCUCGUAGCCGGACAAUGUCGCCCUCCAGCGAGCAAGGCACGUUCAGUCCGUCGUUCCAUCACCCAGACUUGAGCAAUGAAGUAGCUACGCUUAGCAAUAAACUCAUUAAUGCGAUCAACCACCAAACGAACCUGGACGACACGCUCUCGGCGACUCGGCAUGAGCUGGAGACAUGCCGCGAACGGGUUAACGUUCUCGAAAAGGAGAACAAGGAGCAUGCGGACCUGCUUGCGCGUGGGAUUUUAAUCAGGAAAUCUCUUGCGGAAGCUGAGAAGAAUAGGCUCCUUGUGACUCUGGCCGAUGAGAGAAGGCACCGGGCAGAAGUCGAGAAGGAGAAGAGGAGCAUUGAGCAGGAACUAGAGAACUUGACGACGGCCUUGUUUGAGGAAGCGAAUAAGAUGGUAAUCACUGCGCGAGAGGCGUCCCAAAAGGAGUACGAUAUCCUUCAACGCAAAAACGAGCAACUAAGGGCACAACUUGUGGAUACGGAGGGUUUGCUGAAAUCGUCACAAGAACAACUGACCGAGUUGAAACAUGUUAUGGAGCAAAUGACCGAAGAGCGAGAAGAGUCGAUAAAUGCUACCGCCCCGCCUACCCCAGGCUUCAGCAAAUUUGACGGCAAGGAUGUAAUGGUACAGGAUGGGGAAAGAUCCCAGUCAUCGUCGAUACCAGAUCCCGUAUCGCCGGCUUGUCCGACAAGCUUCACGCACCUGUUACAUACAGUUCUUCGAACUGAUCUUACAUCCUACGAGGACUUCACAUCCUUAUUACGCAUGUCCAAAAAUAUAGUCGGAAGCAGAGUAUCCAGCGGGUCCUAUGGAGCCAUUGGGUUGGGACUAGGCCUAGGAGCUUAUUCCGGAACCGGCAUGCAACAAGUAAAUAAUGGAUCGACUUCGUCCAUCUCGACUACUGCGACUCUCGGAUCUUCACCUGCCACGCCCACUACACCUGCGUCUACGGUCAGUACAGGUUCGACAAACGGCCCCAACUCCACGACUCCAUUAAAGGACACUAAGUUUUACAAACGAGCAUUGGCCGAGGAUAUCGAACCGACCCUGAGACUGGACACUGCUCCAGGUCUUUCAUGGUUAGCCCGUAGAACCGUGCUAAAUGCAAUUUGCGAGGGUAGUCUCGUCAUCGAGCCAAUGCCCGCUUCUACCAAGCCCUAUGUUUUUGCAUGCUCAUUAUGCGGCGAGACCCGAAAGGAUCCUUCCCAUGUUCGCAGCCAUCGAUUCCGAACCAGCGAAAAUGAAAAUGCCCAAAGAUAUCCUCUCUGCAGGUACUGUCAUGGACGUGUACGCUCGACGUGUGGUUUCCUCGGCUUCUUGCGAAUUCUAAAGGAUGGCCACUGGAGAGCGGAUGAUGAGGAAGCGGAAAGGGCGGCCUGGGAAGAAAGUGUAAGAUUAAGAGAACAAAUGUUUUGGUGCCGGAUGGGCGGAGGAGUUGUCCCUGCUCAUCAGGUCCAUUCCGAUCAUCCACGAAGCCCUCGGUUGAGUGCCGAUAUAAGAACCGAGCAAGAGAGGGAACUGGCGAGGGAGAUUGAAGAAACGGGAGAAAUUCGACCAAGGGAUAUCACACCUAUUGUUGGGAUGUCGCCCAGGAAUUCGACUCUCACGAUGAAGACUUCAAUCAGAGUUAGUAAAACCUUGGCGCAGGUUGAUACGGCUGAAGGUCUUUGGCAGGCUGCGCAGCAGGAUGCUGUAGCUCCUAAUCCAUCUGAAAACGCUUCAGACAAAGAUGCGCCUAUACCAGCAGGAGGCAUACCAAGCAGCGUUAUCAAAUCCCCAGCCCAAGAACUCUCCUCGAAUAAUGAGGCUGAGCAACGAGUGGACGAACCAAGCAAUGAAGUGGAUCCCUCAUCUCAAGACCCGCCCCUAGAAAAGGAGGAAUCCACGAGAGAUUCGAUACAAUCUACCUCGUCAUUAGAGGUUCCUUCUCCAGACGAUGGGAGGAAAGACGACGCCAAGCGGCUUUCCAUCACCAUCCCGAGCACAUCCGAAUGA